AAUAUAACGGAACAAUUCAGUGAAGUGAAAAGGUUGUGUUCUUUUAAACAAAUAUACAUUUAUUUUUUUGGCGAUAGAACAUGUUCGGUUGCUAAGUGUAUACGGCUGUGUUCUUACCGGUUAAAACUACAAGUGCAGUUUGUUAUGAAUUUGAAAUAUGUUCUUUAUAAUAUAAAUUGCUCAGUCAAUACCAAGUGCACCACAUUCAACGUUGCCAAUGUUUGUACAUAUGUACAAUUCUAAUUCUAGAAAUAUGGCUGCUGGAACGCGAUGUCUCGCCCGGCGUCGGCCAUCUUUGGAAAAUAACUGUAAAGUUAUCCACAUUUUUGUUCUUGAAGGUGGAGUGGUAUUUUACUGUGAAAAUAUUCGAUUUAGGAGCUCGGCAUGUAUGGCGAUUAAAACCUGCGAUCCGUUUCAGCCCAUGUGUGCAACCUCCAAAAACGACCAUCAGUUUUUCUACAGCCAGUGCGAAAUGGUUCGUGACACCUGUCUAACCGGUAAGGAUUGGAAAUCGGACUUCUUAAGCCAUUGCAACGUCAGAAAGCUUUAGCAAGAUAAACAUAUAUGUAU